AGUCUUUCCUCUUUUAAACGCCAAUCAGCUCACGACCCUCUCCCCUUCCUUUUCUCCGUUCCAUCCUUCCCUUUCAACCCCUUUUCUACGCCUCAUGCCUCACGAAACUUGACCACCCCCGCAUACAGUGACAACCACCUGCUCGGAUCCUAGUAUUCACUCACGACCCUCUCAGAUCCACGCAGAGACACUACAUAACAAACCGCCACUCAUCGACAUGCUCGCUCGGACGCUGCUCGCGCUUGCUACGCUGGCAGGCGCAUUCGGCCUGCCACCUCCCACCAUCGCGUACAGUGGGGACGGUCAGUUCAUCAUUCAGAAGGUGGACUUCAACCGCAACAAAACCAUCGCCGGCCUCGUGUCGCCAGCCUAUCUCCCGGGCGCGAAGAGCACCAGCGCCGCCCCUAAACCUGCUAAGUCUGCCAUACCUGCUGUCGAUGCCGUACAGGAUGCUACUCCUGCUGUCACACUCACUCCUGCUUGGGAUUAUGGUGGAAGCAAGAAAGUUCGUGGUGUCAACAUUGGCGGCUGGCUCGUCGCGGAACCGUGGAUCACUCCAUCUCUCUUCGACAACACCGGUGACAACAGGGUGAUCGACGAGUGGACGUUCGGGCAAUACGUUAGCGACGCCAAAUCUCGCCUGCAGAAGCACUGGGACACCUGGAUCACCGAGAACGACUUUUCACAGAUCGCGGCCGCUGGCUUGAACCACGUUCGUAUCCCGAUCGGUUACUGGGCCUUUGACACGAGCGCAGGGGAACCAUACGUCAAGGGCUCCCAGUACUCCUACCUGAAGAAGGCGAUCGGUUGGGCGAGCAAGCACAACAUCAAGGUCAUGGUCGACCUACACGGCCUGCCCGGUUCGCAGAAUGGAUUCGACAACUCGGGCCGCAAAGGCUCGAUCACCUGGCCCAACGAUUCGAACAAUUCCGCUCGGGCCAAGAAGAUCCUCACGACUAUGGCCAAGGACUUUGCGACGGCGCAGUACAACAACACCGUCACGAUCAUCCAGGCUGCCAACGAGCCAUUCAUGGUUGGUGGUCCGAGCAACAUGCAGUCGUACACUAAGCAGUUCUUCCGCGACGCCUACGGCACCAUCCGCUACGACGCCGUGCAGGGCGCACAGUCGAACAUUGUUGUCGGCCUGCACGACGGGUUUGAGGGCUUGUCGUACUGGUCCGGCUUCAUGCCUUCACCUCAGUACCAGCAAGUGUUGAUGGACCAGCACAUCUACACUGUCUUCUCGCCGCAGGAAGUGUCGCAGAGCAAGUCAAGCAGGUUCAAGCAGAUCUGCUCGCACCGCAACGACAUCAAAAAUAACCAGGGCAAUCUCUGGACCGUCAUUGGCGAAUGGACCGUUGCACCUACUGACUGCGCCAAGUACCUCAACGGCCGCGGCGUCGGCGCGAGGUACGACGGCUCCUACCCCGGCUCCUCAUAUGUUGGCGACUGCAGCACCAAGACUGGCGAUGGCAGCAACUUUUCGUCGAGCUACAAGGCGUUCCUUGCACAAAUGUUCGCGACGCAAAUUUCCGUGUAUGAAACUGGAAGCGGAUGGAUUAUGUGGACCUGGAAGACGGAACAAGCUGCGGAUUGGGACUACCAACGGGGUCUUGCCGGCGGCUGGAUCCCGAAGAAACUGGACAACCCGUCCAAUGUCCAGUGCUAGAUUCUUUCACAGCGGGAAAGCUUGGAUUCGGCUAGGCUCGGCUGGCCGAACAAGACUGCCGCAUUGCACAUGCGCCGCUUCGGCAAAUCUCCAGCCGCUCCGAUAAUGGCAAUAGCAAUGGCGAUGGACGAUUGUGAUACAUGUAUUUUGUGGCGCGCUUGGUUCCCUUCAUACCUUUACUCAAUGACAUUCGUACCCCAUUCUACACCUUCAUUUUG